GAGGCGCGCCUGAAACCACCACACUUGUCUGGUGACUGGUGUUAGUUUACGGGCGGUGGGAGGUUUUGUUCGCCCAUGUGUGCCCUCGCGGAGCGGGCCCGCUGCUGACCGUCAGUGGGCAGGCAGGAGAGAAGAGGAGGGGGGAAAAGUGUGUUUACACAGACGGCAAACUGCCUGGGGAAUCGUAGGGGAGAGGAAGUCAGCCGGCUCUGUGUCUGCCUGCUCCAACUUCCUGCUCAGAAAAAGAAAAAGCGCAGGAUCCUAUUUCAGUCCAGCACAACUGUGUAGCGCAGAAGCAAGCAUGGAAAAAGAAGGAAUCCAUCAAGAUUCAUCGUAGAGAUUCGAGGAGGGAUCGACCGAGUCACAGAUCGCAGGUAUGGACAGUGCCAUCACUCUGUGGCAGUUCCUGCUGCAGCUGCUGCUCGACCAGAGUCACAAGCACCUGAUAUGCUGGACGUCCACAGAUGGCGAGUUCAAGCUCCUGAAGUCAGAGGAAGUGGCCAAGCUGUGGGGGCUGCGCAAGAACAAGACCAACAUGAACUACGACAAGCUGAGCCGAGCGCUGCGCUACUACUACGACAAGAACAUCAUCAAGAAGGUGAUUGGCCAGAAGUUUGUCUACAAGUUUGUGUCCUUCCCUGAGAUCCUGAAGAUGGACCCGCAGGCGGUCGAAAUGGGCCUGGCCUCCGGUAAGUUCCCCAUUCAGGAAGGCGAGAGCCCCGAGCUGGAGGUGGAGGAGGAAGAGGAAGAGGAAGGGGAGGAGGAGGCGGGGAGGAGGACCCUGGCAGCCCUGGGGGCCCAGCACUGUCGGAACGACUACCUCCGCUCAGGCCUCUACUCCUCCUUCAGCAUCAGCUCCCUGCAGAACCCGCCCGGGCUGCUCCGCGCCGCGCGGGAGCGCCCGGAGGAGCCGCGCUCCGUCAUCCGCUUCGGCAGCAACGCCAGCGAGAGGAGCCCCCCCCCCUGCGCCAAGGCCGACGCCCACGUCCUGCCCAGGCCCAAGGCCCGCUCCCAGUCCCAGUCCCAGUCCCAGUCCCAGUCCCCGACCCCCCCCCACCCCCAGCGCGGCCACGGCUGGACGCCUGCAGCCAAGCAGGAGGAGGAGGACUCUGACCAGGGCGCUCAGCCCCUCAACCUCUCCUCGGGGCACCGGGAGCGCGCCCUGCAGCCUCCCGAGAAGAGGAGCGGCAGCAGGAGUAGCUCUAGCAACAGUAACCAAGGAGAUGGACUCCCGCCGAAGAGCAAAAAACCCAAAGCUCUGGAGAUCUCCGCCUCGUCCCUGCUGCUGACGGGGAGCGACAUCGGCUCCAUCGCCCUCAACAGCCCAGCGCUGCCCUCCGGGUCCCUCACGCCCGCCUUCUUCACGGCCCAGACGCCCUCCGGUUUGCUGCUGGCUCACAGUCCGCUCUUAUCAGGCAUCCACUUCUGGAGCAGCCUGAGUCCCGUCGGGCCGCUCAGUCCCGCCCGGCUGCAGGGCCACGGCUCCCUCUUCCAGUUCCCCAGUCUAAUCAACGGACACAUGCCGGUCCCCCUGCCAAACCUGGAAGGAACACCCUCCUCCCUGCUCCUGUCCCCCACCUCCCACAAGUCCUGAUCCAGAUCCCGUCAAAGGCUCCCAUCUUCCUCAUUUGUCAUCAGCAUCUUCCGUCAUCUCGCCCCAAAAAUUAGCUUAACAAAAGUCCCGAGACGGUGUGUGACCUCAGUUUUUUGCACUUGCUUUAAAGUCCAGUGGGUGAAAGCACUUGUUAAAAGCCAUAUGCCGCUGUGUCUGUAAGACAUCUGGCUCUUUGUGAGAAAGUGCAGCACGUUUCUACACGACCCUGUCCAUAAUGGACAACAGUGAUGUACAGCUAGCUGCAGACGGCUAGCUGCAGACGGCUAGCUGCAGACGGCUAGCUGCAGACGGCUAGCUGGCCACUCCUUCAGCAGAGAGCAUAGUUUUAAUCUUGUUUAAAAAAAAAAAGUAUUUUUCAAAUGUUGAUCACAACGUGAACCUAGUGUCACUUGUGUGGUAUUCUAUGUAAUGUAUGCACUAUGCUUCCAGAUAGUACCGGCUGUGCCUUGUCCUACGUUUCCUCUGUAUUUCAAAAACUUUGAAGACGAGAUUUCAAAAUCAAUAGAAAAUCCUUUGUAACGCUUGUAAUGUUUUUAUACAGGACUUGGUAUACAGUAUGUAUUCUGUAUAUUUUUUUUGUAUUGUGAAGAAUGUCUUGUCAUUUUCAAUAAAAAGCAUUGAAUGCUUGA